AUGGAUACCAGUGGUCCUCUCUUCAUCGCCCAGGAGGCUCUGUGCUAUUACCCAAUCAGCACAAUAUAUGACUCCUGCCCCAGGUAUCUCUUUUAUGCCUUGUUACUCGCCAGCUGUCUGACCCGAUGGACGGGUUGGCUGGCUGAUGUUUUCUUGGGUGCCGCCGCGACGUAUGCAGGAACCGCUGCGAUACAGUCCUUCAUCUUGGUCGCGAAUCUUCCAAAGAGGCAGUCGCCUUCGCCGGUAACUAUCCCAUACAUCUCGGACAAUACAACACUAUGGCAAAGCUUCCCGCAACUGAUCACGCAAACGAGCGAGGUCACGAUUCAGCCAGCGGCACUUGAGCUGGAUGGUGACGCUGUUCUCGCAAUUGUCGUCACUGGCUAUCUUGUCUUCCUUCCUCUGCAGUGUUGGUCACGAGUCUUGACGCACGAAAGAGCUCGCAACCUUUUAUUCUACAUGUGGAAUAUGCUUAUGUUCGCUGGAUCCAUUUGCUGCCUGAUCUUUGCUGGGAAAAAAGACUCGAUCCCGACUCAGUACAUGUUUUGCUACCCCGAUAUCCCACCACAGCAGCAAACCUCGAGCGAUGGCUGGGAGGAUGAUUGGAGGACAGGAAGCUGGAAUGGUAGUGUCUGGAGUACCUUCUCCAAUAUCUCUCAUUGGGGUGCAAUCGGUGACAUCUGUUACAACCCCUGCUUCAAUUCCAGUCAGAUCCUUCGAGAGCCAAGUCAAUUACAGUCGUGGGUCGCUUCCAAAGAUUCCGACUUGGCGCAUCCGAAUCGAUUCUGGAAUGAAAUCAUUUACUCGAAUCGCUACAUCUACAGCCUUAUCGUCUUAUGUCUUGUCUUGAACAUUGUGCAUCUUACAUUCAAAUGGUUCCCGUACAAAUCUCACAUCCCGUCUGCCCAGAUCGUGGUGAUUUGGAAGGAAAGAAAGUCGAUUAGACAUGGCUUCAAGCAGGAACUCAAGGACGCGCUGUCGGUAUCCAGGGAAACACAAGAUGAAAAGAUAGGCGUUAGCGCUUCCACUGGACAUGUAUACUCUCGGUGGAGCAGCAUUCGACCUUUCUUUACUAUUCGCUUCUUCAAGGCUUUCCUGCGCGUGCUCAUAGACGCCUUCAUCCUUUUCGGUCUCCUGUUUAGCAUGAUCAUCAGCCCCCUCACAAUCAUCGCCUUCGUUGUGUGGAUCGAGUGGUGGAUUUACAACGACGGCCCUUCACAAGAGCAUCCGCAACAAGUAGGGCAAUGGUCAUAUCUGGUCUCCAUCGCUCUCUUGCUUGUAUCAGCAGUCAUCCUAUCACUGAAAUACAAACUAGCGACAAAAGUCGAGCUCGAUACUGAGAUCGAGAAGACAAAGAAUCAUCUCGAAAAGCUUCAAAAAAGCAGGGACGCUCGAUCGCCAUCUGAGACAGUCGCCCUGACCGCGUCGGCAAGCGCAGAGAACUGA